AGAAGAAGAAGAAGAAGAAGAAGAAGAAGAAAUAGACCUCACCAACCUGUUACAUGCAUUCAUGCGCCGUACACUGCGCGCGAGGACAUUGCAACUUUAUCCCUAUCUUGAUUGAAAGUGGAACAUAGAAUAAAUAAUGUGCAGAUAUAGUUAAGGGCAAAAUAAAUGUUAGUUUGACAUCGACACAGAAGAUGCAUGUUUUGGACACUCCAUAAAAGUGCCUUCGAAGAUUGUUUAUAGCAACGACAUGACUACAGCAACAGUCUUGGUAUCCAUCCCUGCUGUAUCAUUCCCUGUGGCUGACCUCUCUGCUCCAGCAUGUCUCGAGUGUCCUCCACCCCCAGGUACAGCCCAAACUCCAACCCCCUGGGCUACUACAGCACUUAUGAGCCCACCAUGAGCUACCCCCGUAGGGGAUCAGAGCUUCUCCACCUCCCGUUCCCAUCUUCCAUGUGCGCCAUCUCCACCUCCAGGAACCUGGGCCUCACCAGCCCCAGCCACAACCACAGAGGGCCAGAGAGGGGGAGAGCCCAGCUACCCCUCCCCAGGAUCGAGGUCCCCCAGGCAAGUCGGCGCAGUGAAAGCUUCAGCCGAGCCCUGUGCGCCACCAACAAAUGGCGGCCGGUUGGGGAGCGUAUUAACACCAAUGGUAGUAGGGGUCUCUCGCCGACUCGUCAGGCGUACCUUAUGGUGUCCACCUCGCCCUUGUCCCGCCGGCAUCGCUUGGUCAGCCAGUCGAUCCUCACCCAGGACCUGGCCUCCAUGGGGCUGUCUGACCAGCAGCCCUGCCCUGCCAUCAGAGGACGGAGUCCAGCCAGAGCUGAUUACUAUAGCUUUCCCUACUGGGUCUCUGAGAACUCCAAGAGUCCUCAAGGCCUGGUGGGACUGAGAAACCUCGGCAACACAUGUUUCAUGAACUCAAUCCUGCAGUGUCUGAGCAACACUCCUGACCUGAGGGACUACUGUCUGAGGAACACGCACCGCACCGACCUCAACAACAACUGCAGGGCCAAGGCCGCUCUCAUGGAGGAGUUUGCCAAACUCACUCAGACCCUAUGGACGUCAGUCAGCAGCGAGGCCAUCAGUCCCUCAGACUUCAAGACCCAGAUCCAGAGAUACGCGCCCAAAUUUGUGGGAUACAAUCAGCAGGACGCUCAGGAGUUCCUGCGUUUCCUAUUGGACGGCCUCCACAACGAGGUCAACCGGGUCACAGUGCGGCCCAGGCUCCCGGCCGAGGACAUUGACCACCUCUCUGACAAUGAGAAAGGGAAGAAAAUGUGGAACAAAUACCUAGAGAGAGAGGACAGCAAAGUGGUCGAUCUGUUUGUUGGCCAGCUGAAGAGCUCUCUGACCUGCAGUGAGUGUGGUUACUGCUCCACAGUGUUCGAUCCAUUCUGGGACUUGUCACUACCCAUCGCUAAGAAAGGUUCAGGGGAGGUGAGUCUGACAGACUGCAUGCGAUUCUUCACCAAAGAAGAUGUACUGGAUGGAGAUGAAAAACCGACAUGCUGCAGGUGUAAAGCCAGAAGGAAAUGCACGAAGAAGUUCACCAUCCAGAAGUUCCCCCAGAUCCUUGUGCUUCACCUCAAGCGCUUCUCAGAGAACCGCAUCCGAACCAGUAAACUCUCUACCUAUGUCAACUUCCCCCUCAAAGAGCUGGACAUGAGGGAAUUUGCCUCAGAGAACAGCAUGAAUGCAGUGUAUGAUCUCUAUGCGGUGUCCAACCACUCUGGGAACACACUGGGUGGCCACUACACAGCCUACUGCAGGAACCCAGCCCUGGGGGGGUGGUACAGCUACAAUGACUCCAGGGUGAGCCCCAUGUCGUCCAGCCAGGUCCGCAGCAGUGAUGCCUACGUGCUCUUCUACGAGCUGGCCUCCUCGUCUCAUUCACGCCUGUGAAGCUACAUGUCAUGGACAUAUAGGCUACGUAAAGCCUGGCACCCUGGUCAUACGGCUAAUAUAUGGACUACAUAGAUCUACACAGCGCCUGGAUCCUAUGCAACGAGCCUAAAAAGCCUGUGCCUGGUCUGAUAGUUGACUUUUGAGCCUUGCUCUGUAUAUAUGUAUACAGUAGCCCUUGGCACCAUGGAUUCAGCUACAACACAUAGGCUGCACUGCCAGGAUACAGAUAUUGAGUUGAGGUUCAACCAUAGCGGUUCUCCCGGGGACGUUGGGAAGAGUGGGUGUGUGCGUGCGCAGUCGCCAUGCCGACGGUGAAAAUAUUUUUGUAUAUUUUUUUGAUGCACUACAACGAGGUCUCUAAGACCCUAAGCCGGAUUUUCGUCAUUCACUUCAAGGUCACCACUGAGACAUGAAAGAUUAUCACUUGACCUUCCGUUCUGUAAAUGAUUCUAUUUAAACAAACGUCACCAUAUUUGUGACUUUAGAGAUGGAUGACUGUCUAGCACCAUCUGGGGUAGAGCGAGGUCAGUGUUUGUAUGUACAGUUGUAAAAGGCUUAAACAUAACUAGGAAUGACUUCAAACAGUAUUUGACCUGGGUUCCUAUACUAUUUCCUAUACUAUUUGAAACUCUUUCUACUUUGAGGUAUUGCUUAAGCCUGCCUGGGGUGCCAGGCUUGCAGGGUUUGCAGAGCACGUUUGUGACUUCAUUUGUUCCAUUGCAACAGGAGAGCUUAAUAAAGCACAGCUAAAGUAUUUGUAAUGAUUUUAAAUAGUAUUUGAACCCAGGGUCAUAUUUAUUAGUGUAAAUAAUAAAGAUGGGUUUUUUGCUACAAAAACUAGAGUUUGUUAUUAGACAAAUUCGGCUAAUCCCUAACCCAUUUGGUCUGCAUUUGUCCGUUUGGUGUCUACGACCCUGAUCUGUUCAAAACAAGGACUCAAAAUGGUGUAAUUUUCUAUCUGAUAUUCAAACACACCUGUACAGUAAAUGGCUUUGAUUAAAAUAGUAAUCUUCUC